AUGGAAGAGUGGAAGGGUGAGAGGAAAACUCCCCUUGAGGGGGAGGAGGAGGAGGAGGAAGGAAAUAAAAAGGGAAAGGCGUCGAGAGCAUUCUGCAAUGUAGACUCCAUCCUUUUCUUCCCAUCCGCCUCCAUCGGGAACUAUGUCACCUUUGCCCGGAGCCUCCCCACCCUGCCCGAGCUUUCUGUGUGUCUCUGGCUCCAUGUGGAGGCUCAGCACAUCGGGACGCUGCUGUCCUAUGCCACCGAUGACAACGACAACCAGUUAGUCCUGUAUGGACGCCGCUCCUCUUUCUCCUCCUCCUCCGCCUCCUCAUCGAAAGCCCUGGACUUUGUCGUGGGAGACCCCGUCUACCGGCGCCUCCCGGCGGGCUACAUCUUGGACGGCCACUGGCACCACCUCUGUGUCAUCUGGUCCUCCAUCCAGGGCCGUUUCUGGCACUACACCGACCGCCGCCUCACCUCCUCGGGGUCCAACUUCCAGAAGGGGUGGGAGGUUCCUGGAGGUGGCUCCGUGGUGCUGGGGCAGGAACAGGACACGGUGGGUGGGGGGUUCGACCCCGCUGAGGGGUUCGCUGGCCGCAUGGCGGGUUUCACGGUAUGGGACCGCAUGCUGAGCCGUCGGGAGGUGGAGGGAGUGGCCGAGGGGCGGGGGUUGCCCAGAGGGGUGGUGCUUGGCAUGGAGGAUAUUGCGGAGGUGCAUGGCGAGGUGAAACAGGUGGCGUGCGAGUGUUUAGAGUACUGUAUGUGAUAUAUUUACUCAGGUGGGUUUAAAUGGAGGUUUUGGUUCCAGAACACUAUCCUAUUAAAGGUGGAACGUGUAAUGUUUCUGCUGUUCUCGUGUGUAAUGUGACUUGUAAACAUCAUUCGAUGAGAGGUGGCUUAUUAAAACAAAAUGAACAACUCACAGUGUCCCCAUACCCCGAUUCUAUAGAGUCAACGGUAUAGGAGCCGAGCCAACUGAGGUCAUGUCCGCACUAAUCCCGAGGAAUUGAAAAACGCAGUUUUCUUGUCGAAAAUGUGUCGAACGUUUUCUGUUCACACUAGUGUUUCCAGAUUGGAUUAGAAAAGUUCACCGUCCACAUUGAAACAUCAAAACGCCGCUCGUCACGUGGCUGGGAGGUUCGUAUCCCAGACUCGCCGUAACCGGUCACGGCCAGAGCGUCCACGGGGUCAGGCCUUCAUUAGGCCACCCUUACCCGAGGGACAGUGGGUGUAGAUCGGUGUAGUGUUCGGGGACUCGUCGUUCUCCGGCGACCCCUCUGGCCCGUCCGGGCGCCUGCAGCCAAGCAACCGAAAGCGUUCUCCCUACGCCUCCUUCGCGGCCUGAAGGUGAUGCAAUCCAUGCGAGGCUUCAACGCGUAAACUAGCGAGAGCAGCCGGUACGAGUUUGAAGGAUGCUGGUGUUACGACUAUCUCCUUCCUGUGGCAACGUGAGCCAGGGGAGUUAUUCGAAACAUCGAAACAAUAGAGGAAUGCUAAAGCCUCUCUUAUUGGGCAUUCACACGCAACUUGAACUGGCAGCUUUACACCUGUAGCAAAUUCCGGGGGCAGCCGGGACUCCGCUGCAGCCAGGAAUCGAACCCGGGUCGCCCUCCUCACAGGUAACUGCGCUAACCAGUCAACUAAAGGGUCGACUCUUUAGCUAAGGGCUAGCGAGUCUACUCAUCUGUGGUGGUUACACUAUUCCCAUCCUUUGGGAAGCGCGUCCCCGUGCUUCAGCGAACCAGCUCCCUCACGCCUCUGGGCACACGUGCUUCCGAUGGCCUCACGGUCUCACCAUCCCACUUCCGACUCCAGUGUGGCGAAUUCAGGGGCAUCCGGGAAGCGAACCCGGGUCUCCUGCACCACGGGCGACUGCGCUAACCAAGCAACUAAAGGGUCCGACCUGUUAGACAAGAGCUAGCGAGUCUAGUCAUCCGUGGUCGUUACACACUAGUCACAAGACAAUCUCACGUCAGCGCUUUCUAAAAGCUACAUUUUUGUCAUCCACACAACUACACCAGACUUGGCAUUUCGAAAUUCAUCCACUUGGAAGAGCAUUUCCAAAAAGAUAUGGAUUUGGAGGUCGAAAAUGUCAGGCUAGCGUGGAUAGAGGGCCAAAAUGGAGGGGAAAAAAAUUUGCAUCUUCAAAUUUAUCCAUUAGUGUGGUCAUGACCUGAGUAUUUUUGUCUCUCUUUGAUGUCCCACGACGUGGCUUAACGACUUGGCUUAACGACUUAGCUUAGAUUCUCAGCUUUCAGUGAGCUUGCAGCAAACUCGACCAAAGGCUUUGAAAAUGGCGGAUGUUGGCCAUUGUACUGAAUAUCCACGAUAUUGCUAUUUGUUUUUUGUCCUGCCUGCAUUUGUGGUUGUUCCUCACAUGGUUAAAUGAUAGCGGUUGGCACUCAGGUAGAACUUACACAAAUGGCGCCUUUAAGACAUUUCAUAGAUCACUGCUGGGACAUGUUCUUAAACACCUUCAUCCUUGCGGGGAGUUCAGAGGUCACACUUGGAGGCUGUUUACGCCUGACAUUAACAUGUGUGUUGGGUGAUCCGAUCACAAGUGGACAGUUAUAGGUACGUCAGAUCACGCCUGGCAUUAGAAUGCAUCUAAACAUGUGUCUGUAGUGACCACUUGUGAUUGGAUCUCAUCUCCCUGCUCUAUAUGCAAAUAAACACGUACGUCAUUUCCAUUUGCAGAGACCAAAUGCGUUGUUGUUUUUAACUGGCGGGGGGGCAGUGAUGCACUACCCAUGCCUAGCCUGCCGGAAGUUAAAAGAAGUUUGCAGAGACCUUGGCGCACGGGCAAAAUCAAAACAAUACAGACUCGGGCUACUCCUUGGCGUGUUCCAGGAAAACUAAAUCGCCCGAGAUAGACGCACUUGCAUUGGUGUAAUGAGUCAGCUCCGGGCCCCAAUGCAAGAUUGAUUACUAGGAGAACAUACCACCGUGCUAUAGAAGAGGAGUCAUAAUAGCAAGGCCAAGAUAGUGAUAGCCUACUUAGCAACCUCUGGUGUCAGAGCGCCAUAACAAGAUGAAAACAUAAUCGGUGACAGCGCAUCUUGACACGGAAGGAAACCUAAUUGGCAAGAGCACGCCUCGACACAUGAAAACUAUCUAGGGCGGCACACCCGCACACUGACAACAUGACUCUUGUCUACACAUCGUAGGCCUUAUAAACCAAAAACACAAGUGUGUAGGUUCAAGAAUCGAGAAGAACUUUAUUGUCACUGUGCCAAGCACAAUGACAUUACAGGCGUGUCAGCCUCAAAAUGGUGCAUACAUAAGAGAUAAGAAAUAUAAAAUAUCGGCAAUAAAAAGUACAGAGUCGAAACAAUAUAAGUGCAACAUAUAAGCAGUGUAAGGUAUAAAAUACGAUACAGUUAACGAUUAAGUACAACUUACGAGGUGCAGAAACAUCAUCAGCAGAAAUGCAGUGAAGGUGUGGUGGACAGAUAUGAAGUGGCUUACAGUGACAUGCGAGUCAAUAAUCCAAAUAUUGCACGUGCCCAAUGGUGGCAGCACAUCAGUCGCCUUGGACUGAGGAGAUGUCUGAGUUCACUGGUGCCACAGCUUUUUGGAAAGAAGCUGUUUUUCACUUUUUGUUUUAUAAGUCAGAUGAUGAAUAAGUUCUACUUGCAUCGUAGGUGCACUCCCCAGGCUUUUCACUGUGUGAAGUCUUGACACUUCGCCAGCUAGCUAACUCUUCUGUGUGGAUUUUGCUAUGCAGUAGUACACGUGUCCAUGAUUAUGCGUGGGCACACUCUGCACAUGUUUGAGCGUACCACAUACCGUAGACUCAGUGCUCGAGAUCUUCGAUACGGUAGUGGUGAGAUGAAGAGGGGUCCGUGCGUGCGGGCCCUAAACUGUUGCAGACCCCAAUGUAGCUGCAUUACCUGCUUAAAUAUGGUAGCUUUGCGUCUAUCCACUCGAUGGGCUUUUCAAAAUUUUCAGACAUCGUGGACAAAGUUGUUUCGCACAUAUGACACGGGCGUGCGAAUGAAUACGUACUUCUGCUUAUGCAGAUGACAUCGGUUGAGUAUGUUGUCCUUCAAUGUGGCCUAGCCCUUCUGUUGUCUUACGGGUCAAAAAGGCCCAUAACGGUGUUUAACGGCAGAGAAAAGACUCUAAAUGAUAUUUUUUCAACCUGAAAUGUGACGACUUUUCCUAGAGUGACCUCAACAUUAGAAAAAGUGCCAUUUUUUUGUUCGCAUUUCCAUGAAAGCUGUACACCACUAGGGUACUAGAAUUCUCUUAGGGUCAUGUUUGACCCUAUAAAAACGAGUUGUGGUCGCUGAUUAAAUGCAGUCUUCCUGCACUGUGAAGAGGGAAAACCCCAGAUAGUCACAAAGUUUGUGAUGAAUGACAGCUUGUUUCUUCGUGCAAAAUAGAUUUGGGGGUUAAAAUUAAAUUGCUUUAAUUUAGAGGUUUAAUGAAGGCACAUCAUAAACGACCCUUAAGACAAGGGCAGCAUACAGAAUGGGUGGACAACACAAGGGCUAGCACACAUUCGCAUGCACAGUACUAAAAGAGAAUGUGGCCAUAAGCGGCCCAGACCACCUCUGAACGUGGUCUGAGUGAUUGGGUCUCAAUUCAUCCUCACUGCAUCUUGGGUGCAUUCACGCCUGUACCUAGAGCUGUCCACUUGUGAUCGGAUCACCCAAGACACAUGUUAAUGCCAGGUAUAACAAGGCCUAAGUUACUGAGCAUCAUCACCCCUGGAAGUGGUUGAGAUUUAGCGUCUUGCUCAAAGGUACUUAGGCACGCCAGAUCUACGUUUAAGAGCAGUAUUUCUUGAACACAAAGGCCGACCUUGCCUCUCGAAUCCGUUUUUGCUAAAAACUGUGAAUUCGUCUAUCAAAUGUCAAAAACAGAUGCUUUUAUAUUCUUAGAUAUUUUGUAGAUGAGGUACCUUUCAUCGGCUUGUAUAUUCUACACCAACCUAUAGUAACCUGUACCUUUAUACGAGACAACUUUGGGGUUUUUUCCUGGACUACAGGAGCACAAUAAACAACCAGUAGGAUAAGAACGUAUCACCAUAUAAGGGUGAUUGAUAGCCAGAUCAGUCUGUUAACUGGCUGCGGAUGGAAAGGGCUACUGCCACAGUUGCCACAUUGUGAGUCUGUGACUGAACCGCCAACAGAAGCUGAUUUUGUGAUCCAUAGUGUUAUUUCAAAAAAUAAAUAAAAAUCAGU